GCGGCCCGCGGAGGGGGCGGGGAGGAUGACUUCAUGCCGCCGGAGCGCCGUGAAUUUAGGAGCAGCAGCUGCCGCCGCCGCCGGCGGGAUGUGGGGGUGAAGUGACAGCGGGAGCUGCUGCCGGCUGAGAGAGGAACAGCGCCGGGCACCCGCCGAGCCCGGGGGCUCUGGGCCGCCACCAGCAGCCGCUGCGGGAGGGAGGGAGGAAGAUGCGCUGAGCCGGUCGCUGAAAGGUACUGCUAUGUGGAUAUUUGUUAGCAAUGACUGAUGUGGAAUCUACAUAUGCAGACUUUAUUGCUUCAGGAAGAACAGGUAGAAGAAAUGCAUUACAUGACAUCCUUGUGUCCUCUCCGGGUGGGAACUCUAGUGAACUAGCCUUAAAGUUAUCAGAGCUUGAUAUAAACAAAACAGAAGGAGAAGGAGAUGCACAACGAAAUCCAAGUGAGCAAACCGGGGAGGCCCAAGGGGAGGCAGCAAAGCAAGAAAGCUGACAUCCGACUUUGACCGAGUGGAGCAGCUGCUGGAUGUUUUCAGGCUACAAGAGUGUGCUGGAACAAAUCUGUUUCCAUGAGCAAGCUGGUAGAAGAGAAAGUGCAUGUGUCUUCAGUGCUGGAACCCACUCAACACAAUGCUAAAAAUCUGGGUACAAGCUGUGACAGAAGACAGAAUUUUCUCUACCUCUGUCAUUAGCAAUGGUUGAACAUGUAUUGAUUUUUUGGGAUAGUGUCAUCAGAUGGAUCCCUUCAUAAUGACUACUCGAUGGGAACACUUUUAGAAAGUAGAACAGGUAAAUCUUGUAGCAAAUGGCCUUUGAAGCAUCAGAGGAUCUAAUUGUGUAUCUUAAGCAAAGGCUUGUGUGAUCCUCAGUCUAAAAUUCUCUGGCCAAAGUGUUUGCCCAUUAUAAGAACUGUAAAGAAAGCACUGUUUUUAGAACUUUGCAUCUGUUUUACAGCUCUGUUAUUUACAAUGGUUUUUGUAUUGUACGACUUAGAUGCUCCACACUGCCCCUUCUCAACUGCUUAUGAAGAAUAUUUCUGUUACUGUGAAUUUUUCUACCACACGUUUUGAAAGGGCUGGUUUUUUGCAUAAGGUGGUGAUGUGCACAUGAUAGAUCUGAACGUCAACCGCUAAAUUGAUUAUGCCUAAACCUAAAUGACUCAGCAACACCUAAUUUGUUACUAGAUGAGCCUUCAAAACGAUUUGUUAAUGUGAAUACUUGAGCGUGUGUUGUGUCCUUGGUACAGUUUUGCCACUCGCCUGUAGUUAGUUGCAUAUCAGAGACUCAAAUUGAAUCUUUUAUGUUAUUCUCCCCCAUUUUUCUAAUUUUGGUCCCAAUUUCUUAAUCUUUCUCUGAGAUAUUUUUUUAAAAUGUUAUUCCAAGUAUUCUAUUGUUAUGGUAGUUUUAAGAAUGCAUUUAUAACCUUAUAUGGGUUAAAAUUCAAACUAAUUCCAUGGUGCUAGAGGUUUUCCUGAUUCACAUUGUAAAAGAUAGGCCUUGUUUACACAUGGGAAAAUAACUGGCUAGGUUAUUGCCAAUUGUGUAUUCUGAAAUGAGUUUUAGAAUGCAGUAUAGUCCAAUGAGUGGCUCCUGGGCUGGAUCAAGCCAGGGGUUCCAUUUCUACUAUUCCUUGCCUUUGCCUCAGUUGAUCAGGCUGUUGAGUUUGCACAGCCAGUAGUCUGCUACUGAUGCACCAGAACAGCCAAGUGCUACAAUCUUUUACAGUAGCCUUGUGGCUUGCAGCUGGAAAGGGAGGUGAGAGACUUGGCAUCUAGCACCCAAAGACUAGAUUUUUUCCCAUUUCAUCUAUUUCAAAAUGACAGUCCAAACUGGGCCUUCAUCAAAAUACCAGGAUAGCUUGUCCAUCCAGGACAUCACUUAAAGUACAAAUUAAUACAAAUUAAUAACCUGUUCUGCAGUAGCUAUUGCUGAUUGAUUUGUUUUUCCCCCUCAUCCUGCCCCAAUAGACAAGGCCAUACAUGAGGCUGAAUGCUGCAAAAUGGGGCAGCCACACCUCUGUGUGACUAAGGUGAGUGAAGAGUGACUGAUAGUAAACCAUGGCAAUCACACAAGCACCAAUCACAAGGUCAGAAGAUAUGUUUUCUUUUAUUAAUAGGAGGUGAUGUCACUUUAUAUAUAGUAUAUAUAUAUUAUAUAUAUUUUUGUGUUGUUGGUUUCAAAUGUUAUGCACUUUUUAAUGUUUGUAAACUUUUACUAAUGAAUAGUGUGAUUGCUUCCUGAAUAUAUUAAUCAUCAGUUAACAAAACAUCUUUGUGGCCACAGCUGUUUGUUUCUACCAUAUGUAUCAUAGUAUUUGUCACCUGAAAAAUCUUUUGUGAGAAAUGUGGAGGAAAAAACCCACUUCUGAUCAGUAUUAUGAGAACAUUUAUUAGUGUUAAUAAAAAACAAGCCAGCCGUAUGCUUGUGGCUCAUGCGUGUAAUAUUAACUCUCACCUUUUAGUGUUUGGAAGCUGAAUGCCUUGCUGUCUUAUUAGCUGUCAAAUGCCCUAUCUUCUUGGUAAGAGAAGAAAUACUUUUCCUUAAACAAUUUUUAUUCAUUUGUUUCACUUGGUGUUCCUUUCAAACUUAACACAUUAGUAUUGACCAUUUUUUUAAUUAUUUCUCCCCUUUUCGCUCUUGCAUUAAGUCUUUAAGCUGAACUGGUUGCCCCCUGUCAUGGACUAGUUACUGUAAAUCUAGCACAAACGCCAGAAGGAAAUAGGAUUCUAGAGUUUUUUUACAGUGUUACUUUAUUGAUGAUCCAUGAAACAUCAUCAGUAAAAUGUUGCUGAAAAAGGCAAUAGUAAAAUAAGUAUUUACAGUAUAUUAAAGUGAUGGUUUUCCUUAUUUUCCUUCACUGCUUUACUUUAUUUCACUCUACUUUCCUUCUUAAUUCUUUUGUGUUGUUAAAUAAAAUUAAUUUCAGCCUUUCCUCUC